CCAAAUUACGUCAUGGAUUGGGAUUCUGACCUCGUUCUAUACCCAAAACCGCAACCUUUGCAAAAAUUUAAAGUCGUGGGUCUUUUACCACACCCAAAUUUCCAAAAAUGUCGCUAUUUAGUCGAAUUGUUGCAUUCACAUUACCCCAAAUUGUACGCCAAGCCGGAAAUAAGGGGUAUGUUGAACGUGGAUUGGGACGAAUUUUUGACCAAGAUGAAGAGACGUCAUGGUAAGGCAUACUACCUUCUGGGGGCCCCAGUAGCCGUGUACCAUGAUGGGCAACUGAUAAGUGACCAAGGACUUGAACAUUUCAUCAAAGAAACGUACAGGAUUGAGAUUGAUAGGGAUUUUGGGCAAAUGGCCGAAAAUGAAUUGAUUAAAUAUUUCUCCCAAAUUUUGGAAACUUAUAAACGAAAAUUUGUCUACUUGACCAUUGCGAUUGAUGAACGUGUAGUUGGUUCGAUGCUAUUUAUGCUUUACAACGAUUUAGUCCCACUAACUUGUGACAAUUUUUUAUUUCGUUGUACUAGAAAACUGCAAGGGUAUAAAAACACCAGAAUACAUAGAAUUGCGAAAUACAGUUGGCUGCAAUGUGGCGGUUUCGGGCUCAAACACAUUCCAAUGCCUUGUGAAAACUAUUCGGUACCACAUGACAGACGAGGUGUCAUUUCCAUGUGUAAUAAAAAAAGACACGAGGAUAAUAGUACCCAAUUUUUUAUAACCCUAGAACCUGCAUCAUGGAUGGACUACAAUUAUGUCGCUUUUGGACAAUUGGUUCAAGGUGCUGAAAUUUUGAAUUUGAUUGAGAAAAUCGGAACCUAUUACGAAAAACCGGUCCGAAAAAUUGAAAUUGUCAAUUGUGGCGAAUUUACACUAUGUCCAAUCCCUGAAGAUGACUUCAUUAAGGCUCUAAACCCACCAUUCGAAACGUUGUUCACUCACGAAGUACCCGUCGAUGAAACGGACUCGAUUCUUAGCUUAACUGGUUACAAAGAAGGCAAAUAUUGUCUCCAAACCGACUUAAAAUCCUAUCUCCCGUUUACAAGAUAUUCGAAAAUGUUUGACAGUUAUAUGCGAGAUAUAGAGGGCGCUCCGGAGGAUGACAACGUCACGAUCAAAAAAAUCGUAAAGGAAGAACACGAGGAGGAGGAUAACCAAUCGGAUGAUAACAUGAAUUCUUUGUUUUUUAGCCGAAGUCGGACGUUUUAUCGCAAAUUUUAA